ACCACCGCGGUCGUCGUCGUGUUGACAGCUGGCGAGGACAGAGCAGUAUUUUUUGCUGUUGUUCGCUCUCGUUUUCACUUUUCUCGGUGUGCAAAAUUUUUUCGGGGAAAAUUCCUUCGCGUUUUAUCAUUUUUCCGGGUUUUUGGCUCGUCCAGCAACGCUAAAUUUUGGUUCCCGUGUCGUGUCAGCGACUGGCCGGACGGUCCGUAUUCGGUAGCGUGGAUUGUGUGUGCGCGUGUGGAAAGGAUCCGUGCGGAGGGAAAAUAUGUCUGACAGCAAAGGGCAACAGCAGCAGCAGCAAGAUCUCGUUGACGACAGCUGGGAAGAAAUCGACGAGGAUCGGUUGGCUGCUCGUCUGAGUCUGAGCAAGUUGUCGAACGACGAUGGAACCACUCUGCCGACUGGUGGCGGCGGCGGCGAAAGUAGCGAAGGAGGCAGUAGUCGUUCCGGUGGCAGCCGAGGACUACUCCCGGUCAGCACCAGUUUGUCCGCAACGCUGGAAGAGGAACUUCGCCCGCGGAUGAUACUGCAGCGGCCCCAGCAGAUGCAGAUUCUCCGGAGGCCCCAGUCUCUGCAGGCUCAGCAGGAUGGCUCGGAGAAGGCCGCGGCCGAGAGCAAACCGAAAGCCCAGAUCAAAUCGCUGGAUCAGCGGAAACAGGCAUAUGCGGAGGCCCGCCUGAGAAUACUGGGAUCGGCGCACGACGAGGAGGAACAACAGCAAACGAAGCAGAUCGAACAAGCACCGAAAAAAGGCAGUCCCAAUACCAACGGUUAUCGGAUAAACAGCAACAACAGCAACAUCAUCAGCAGCAGUACCAGCAGUAGCAGCAACAGUACCAACAAUAACGGGGGCAACGUUCGUCUGGACAGGCCGCAUAUGUCUUUCCGACCUUCACCCUUGAGCUACCACCAUAUGCCACAGCUGCCUCCCGGUCAUUCAUUCUAUGGUCCCGUUUCUUCAUCCGGGCGGAUUCCUCCGGAACCCAGCAAUCAUCACUUCUAUCCCGGACAGCAGCAGCAGCAGCAGCAACAGCAACAACAGCAAGUGGUUGGUCCCCACGUUCCCGGUGGGUAUCACUUCCAGCAUCACCAGCAGCCGCUGCACCAUCUGCAUCAGAAGCCUAUGCCGGGACCCCCGUACGGAAUGCCGCUGGCCCAAUCAUCAUCCACCGGCUUUCACCACCACCACGGGAUGGGACCAAUUUCGGCGUACGGUGGCGGUGGCGGCGGUAACGGUGGCAUCGGAGCCUUCGGUCACCACCACAAUAGUAAUAACAACGUUUUGAGGACGCCUGCCGGGCCGGACGGGUCGCAUGGGUUCGCCAUGCGUCGGUAGCUAGUUUAGGUACCUACUAAAUUGAAAUGCGCUGGAGACGUAACAAGGAAUUAGGAUUGUAUGAUUUCGCCGGAAAAUUGUCUUUAAUCUGUUUUAUAUUUUUUCUGCUUAUACCUACGACUGUGCUUGGCCACGCAAAAAAAAAAAUACUCCCUGAAAGUUGUUGCGGUAAGACUCGGUGGAGUCGAUGUAUUUGUAUUCGGUGUCGACUUUUGGAAGUUUGAUAUCCAUUUUAAGAUUUAUGAAAGAAAAAGUGAAAUUCUGACCUACGCUACUUGAAACAGCAUAGCCGAAGAUUCUCGCUAAAACCCCAGAGGGCGAAUGAAGUAGUUAAGUUUGACUAGAGAAUUACAUACGAACAUUGCAAAACAUUCAGUUGACUCACGCAGUUGACUAGCGACAUAAUUAGACGCCUUUUUGUAAGUGGUGACCUGGUAUUAGCGAGAAUUUGAAGGACUUUCAAUGAAGAUCCCCAAUAGGACAGAUCGGUGAAGUACUAGAUUUGUAGUAAUGAGCUGAAUUUUAGUAUGGUGAGAAGGUCAAUUCUCCGUUUCUGCAAUGAAAUGGUGCAAAAAGCGUGGGUAUUAUGAUUCCUUGCCUAAUUUGAUCCUGUUUGAGCAACACUUUGGGCAACAGUGUUGUUGUUUUCUCCAUUUCUUGCAACAUAAACAACAUAGUUAUCCAAAGUUUUGCUCAAACAGCAUCAAAUUAGGCAAGGAAUCAUAAUACCCACGCUUUUUGCACCAUUUCAUUGCAGAAACGGAGAAUUGACCUUCUCACCAUACUAAAAUUCAGCUCAUUACUACAAAUCUAGUACUACACCGAAAGUGCCCCAUAGGAGGCAAUCAGCGAAGUACUAGAUUGAAAGUAGUGAGCUGGAUUUUUGUAUGGUGAGAUGAUCAAUUCUCCAUUUCUGCAAUGAAAUGGUGCAAACAGCGUGGGAUUUAUUGACUAAUUUGAUGCUAUUUGAGCAAAAGUUUGAAUAACUGUGUUGUUGUAUUAUUUUUUCCUGCAACUACAACAACACAGUUAUCCAAACUUUUGCUCAAACAGCAUCAAAUUAGUCAAUAAAUCAUAUAACGCACGCUGUUUGCACCAUUUCAUUGCAGAAAUGGAGAAUUGAUCAUCUCGCCAUACAAAAAUCCAGCUCACUACUUUCAAUCUAGUACUUCACUGAUUGCCUCCUAUUGUUUCGUUUCUAUCUAGAGUAAACAUAGGUGUUAUCGGCAGGUUUGUUCUCUUCGCCAUGGAGGGUUUUAUCGACCAAAUUACCUGAAGCUUGGUUGGAUAAGUCAGCUUGAUUGGGAAAUAUUUGAGACCAAUUUUGAGUUUAACAGGUUUUUAAAAACCCUCAUGACGAAAAGAACAAAACUUUCGAAAAUAUAUAAGUUUCCCUAUCUGCUAUUGGUGGUCCAAAACAGCCUGUGGCCAAGCACAGUGGAGAGGCCACUUGUUGGAACAACAAUACAAAAGAUUUUUUUUGCAAAGUAACAUACCCAACAACCAUGUCAAAGUGCGUACAAUAUUGCUUUCAGUUCAUUUUAUUACAUACACAACCCCCUCCCCCUCCCUUAUCCCUUAUUUCAGACUUUAUUAUCUUAGAGGAAAAAAGAAGAAUAUUUUAAUUAUAUUGUGUAAGAACGGUGCAAACAAAUAAAAUUUAGAGAACGUUGCUAUACACAGCAAGUAUCGACA